AUGGUAGACUAUCAGAUUGGUAAUGCGAAUUCAUUUUAUCUGUGGCAUGAUCCAUGGCAUCAUCUUGGUCCCCUUAUUGAGAGAUUCCCACAGGGUCCACGUAUGCUUGGGCUUCGGACUACGGACAAGCUCAGCAGUGUUAUUAUAGAGGGGCAAUGGCAUUGGCCUCUUGUUAUGUACAUUGAGUGCUUGGAGAUUUUGCAUGCAUUGCCAAUAAUUCAUGGCGAGACAUAUCGCAUUAUUUUGCGAUUUGAGACGGGACGACUUACAGUUGCAUCUCUUUAUAGGCUAUUGGACCCACCAGGACCCAAGGUAGAUUGGUCUUCAUUACUCUCGGGUUCUCUGAAGAUCCCCAGGCAUAAUUUCAUCGUAUGGCUUGUGAUUUUGGGAAAACUAUCCACAGCUGAUAAACCAUGGCUAUCAUACCUAGGCGCCUGUAUAUUAUGUGAUGAGGACGCAAUGGAGACACAUACUCAUCUAUUCUUUCGAUGCCGUUAUGCCAGAAACUGCCAAACAGCGAUUCGAUGGAUUGUUCGGUUUGAAUGA